AUUCAAUUAGCGUUGUCAGAUAAGUUUCAUGUUUUCCUUAUCGCUUUUAGUUUAUCAAAUGAAAAAUAGAUUUAGAGAAACUCUUUUUCAUCUACAAAUAGGUACAGUUUAAUUAUUACACUUUACAAUAAGACCGAUUAAAAUGCUGUGCUCUGUGUUAUUGUUUUUAUUUUCAUUUGAAAUUCAAACUUUAUAUGGAAAACCAAACUUUGUUAUUAUCAUGGCAGAUGAUAUGGGAUGGAAUGAUGUGAGUUUCCAUGGGGCUAAUCAAAUUCCAACUCCAAAUAUAGACGCACUUGCUUAUAAUGGCAUAAUUCUCAACCGAUUUUACACACAACAAGCGUGCACCCCCUCAAGGGCUGCGUUACUGACGGGAAAUUACCCAACUCGCACAGGUUUAGGCCGUGAACCCAUAAGUGUCGGCGAAAAUAUUUCUCUACCAAUAAAUGUAACUACUUUACCUCAGAAACUAAAAGCGUUGGGCUAUGCGAAUUAUUUGGUUGGGAAAUGGCAUUUGGGGCACCACUACAAGUCGGUCACCCCUACCAGACGGGGGUUCGAUAAAUUUUUCGGCUACUGGAACGGCUAUGUCAGUUUUUUUGACUACAUGACUUAUUACACAGACGCAAAUAUUAACGGCUUCGAUUUGCGAGAUAAUUUUCGUGUAGCUCGGGAAUACCGGGGUCAAUAUGCGACAGAACUGUUUACUAACAAAGCGAUUGAAUUUAUCAAAGGUCAUGAUACUAGCGUGCCCAUGUUUCUAAUAGUUUCCCAUUUGGCUCCACAUACGGGACCCGAUUCAAAAGUCGAAGUAAAGAAUCUUACUGAAACAAACGAAAAAUUCAAUUAUAUCAGAAACCAGGAGCGGCGUAAUUAUGCAGGAGCUACUGAAGAAUUGGAUAAAUCGGUUGGAGAAAUACUUGCAGCACUUGCAGAGAAAAGCAUUUUAAAUGACACUUUGAUUUUAUUCUUAUCGGACAACGGAGCACCGACGGUGGGGCAAUACGCAAAUCAGGGCUCAAACUGGCCACUGCGUGGGAUAAAAAUGUCCUAUUACGAAGGGGGCGUGAGGGGAACAGCUGUCCUUUGGGGCUCACAAUUGAACAAAAACGUAAUAAACAAUGACCUCUUUCACAUAUCGGAUAUAAUGCCUACAUUUUACGCAGCAGCAGGUGGACAUAUAUCGGAUUUGGGCAUAAUCGAUGGUAUAAACCAGUGGGACAUGAUAUCAAAAAAUGCACCCGGAACACGAACUGAAAUGCUCGUGGGCAUUAACGACAGGACUAGAGCAGCAGCAUACAUUGACAGAAAAGGGCAGUACAAGCUAUUUAACGGAACAUCAAACUACAAUAGCUACUACGGUGAAGCAGGACGAUUAGAAGAAAACCCUGAGUACAACAUAACUGAAAUUUUCGAAAGUAAAGUCCAUCAAACCUUAAAAAAGGUAUCUGAUGCUGCCCUAGAUGAUAAUAUGAUUUUACAAACAAGAUCACAAUUGGAUUUGUCACGGUGUAGGAUUGAUUCAGAAAAACCUAACAUUAAUUGCAGUUCAUUUUGCUUAUUUGAUUUGUUUAACGACCCUUGCGAAAAAAUCGACAUAAAAGAUCAACAAGAAGAUCUUGUAAACGAAAUGAAACUGAAAAUAGAGAAAUAUUGGGAGCAAGUUGUUCCUCAACCUGCAAAAUAUAUCGAUCCCAGAUCAAACCCAAUUUAUUUCAAUAACACAUGGGAUACAUGGCUUAAUCAAUUUUGUUUACCCAAUGAUUCCAACCCCUUGUGCUCAUAAAUGUAUGUUUGAAUUAACUAAUAAGUAUGGAGGGUUUUCAAGUUGAUGUAAUAAAUAGAUUAUCUUAAA